UCUUCAAGGACAACCGCGCCAAGGUUAGUCUCCAAUACACUUCUGACGAGCCCAUUGAACCGCGCGCACCGCAAUGUGGCAGCAUUAUGCUGCGAACGGCUCGGGUCCUUGGUCGCAAUCGCUAACAGUAGCCCCUCCAGUUUGGUGAUGUUUUCACCUUCGUCCUCCUCGGCAAGAAGACCACUGUUGCUGUGGGCCCCACCGGAAACGACUUCAUCCUCAAUGGCAAGCUCAAAGACGUCAGCGCUGAGGACAUUUACACCGUCCUCACUACCCCUGUCUUCGGGAAGGAUGUCGUCUACGACUGCCCCAACGCCAAGCUCAUGGAGCAGAAGAAGUUUAUGAAGGUUGCCCUCACCACCGAAGCCUUCCGAACCUACGUCCCCAUCAUCUCCGGCGAGGUCAACGAUUACUUCAAGAAGAGCACUCACUUCAAGGGCAAGUCUGGCGUUGUCGAUAUCCCCAAGAGGAUGGCCGAGAUCACUAUUUUCACUGCCUCUCAUGCCCUUCAGGGCAGCAUCAUCCGCAACAAGUUUGACGUCUCCCUCGCCUCCCUCUACCACGAUCUCGAUAUGGGCUUCACCUCCAUCAACUUCGUGCUCCACUGGGCCCCUCUCCCCUGGAACCGCAAGCGUGACCAUGCUCAGCGCACCGUUGCCAAGAUCUACAUGGACACCAUCAAUGAGCGUCGCGCUAUGGGCGACGCUGACAAGGAGCUCGACAUGAUGAAGCAUCUCAUGAACGCAACCUACAAGAACGGCACCAAGGUUCCCGACCACGAGGUCGCCCACAUGAUGAUUGCCCUGCUCAUGGCUGGCCAGCACUCCUCCUCUUCCACCAGCUCUUGGAUCAUGCUCCGCCUCGCCCAGAACCCCGACAUCAUGGAAGAGCUCUACCAGGAGCAGGUCAAGGCUCUCGGCGCCGAUCUCCCCCCGCUACAGUACGAGGACCUGGCCAAGCUGCCCCUCAACCAGGCUAUCAUCAAGGAGACUCUCCGCCUGCACGCUCCCAUUCACUCUAUCAUGCGCGCCGUCAAGCAACCCAUGGCUGUCCCCGGCACUAAGUUCGUCAUCCCGACCAGCCAUACCCUCCUUGCCGCUCCCGGUGUCAGCGGCUCUGACCCUACCUACUUCCCCAACCCCGACCUCUGGGACCCUCACCGCUGGGAGGUCGACUCCCCCAACGCCCCUACCAUUAUUCGCAACGGCGCUCCCGUCGAGGAUGAGGAGAAGAUCGACUACGGAUACGGCCUGGUCAGCAAGGGCUCUGCCUCUCCCUACCUGCCUUUCGGCGCUGGUCGCCACCGCUGCAUUGGCGAGCACUUUGCCAACUUGCAGCUUCAGACCAUCGUCGCUGAGACUGUCCGCCAAUACAAGUUCCGCAACGUGGACGGCGGAAACACCCUCAUUGGCACCAACUACGCGUCGCUCUUCUCGCGACCCCUGGAGCCUGCCAACAUCUACUGGGAGAAGCGAGACUAAAUUGGAUGUGAAGAAAAACGUCAAACUUGUAUAUACGCAGCAAUGCGACGGGCGUGCAGAGGAGUUGAGAACAUAAUGAUUUGGCUGGCAUGAAAACCUUUUGCUGUGCAGUGGCGACAAAGUGCCCCGGCAGUACAUUAUACAUAUCUUAAUAUAAAACCGUUAAGCUAGAAA